CAGGCCCAACAGCCCAGACCACAUAGAGCAGCCACAGGCACAGGCAUCGAAGGCAUCGCAGUCAGCACUCUCGAUAAGCCACCCCACAAGACCAACACACACUUUUUGUUGUUGCACGCCAACUGUUGCCAACUGUGUUUUUUUUUUUAUUGUUCUUGCUGUCGUGUUUUGGAAGCCAACCCCGUCCAGCCCGCAGGCAGUUUAUCAACGCCGCACACACACAGACACACAGAGACACUCAUACUCGCAGAGCCAUGAGGCAGCCAAGCAGACAGCAAAUUCUGGCGCUGGCCCUUUGCAGCGCCGUUUGCCUGAUCAGCGCCGUACCCGUGCCGCAGCCGCAGCCGCAGCCAGCGGGCAACCAGGAACUGGAUGUGCUGCAGAUACCACUGGCCAAUGGCAAGGAAAUCGAUGUCUUGACAUUGGGCGCCAAAGAUCAAGAACAAUUGAUAGCCGAUCGCAAUAAAAGAACAAUUGGAUUGCUGCGUGAACUGUUUCCGGAUAUAACCAAGCAAAUCGAUGAGCAAGCGAACCGCAUAAUCUCCAAGCUGCUGCGUACAUUGGGACCCACGGUGCUACGUACGGCCAUCCAGGGCAAUAGCGCCAAUGCGGCACGCACCAGCUUCGAUGCGGACUUUGACGACGACGAUGAUGAGAGCAGCAAGAGUGACAGCAGCCUCAGCAGCUCCAGCUCCAGCUCCAGCCCCCCCAGCGACUCGAGUGGCACCCGUGUGACCAUCGAGCUGCCAACCUUCGAGCCCGACGAUGACAACGAGAUCGAUGCGGUGGACAAUAGCAGCAGCAGCAGCAGCAGCACCAUCACCUCGACCACCACCGAGUCUGCUGACACGCUGUAAAGUCACAAAACAAACGACAACAAAAAAAAAAUGUGCGUUCCAUUUGCUACAACAACUUUGAGACAACCCCUAAAGAAAUGGCACUUAAAUUGGUUUUUCUAUCUAUUAAAUUUUUUCCCUGUGCAGCGAUUUAAAGAAUAUUUCUCAACACUACAAGAACAACAAUCAACACAGCCACAGGCACAGGCACAUGUGACACCAUCAACAACAAGAGCAGCGCCCAACAGAAACGAAAUUUGAAUUGAAAUUAUUUUAAAAUGAAAAUGAAAAGAAAUGAAAUGAAAUUGGCAUUGUUAAGCAACACGAAAUUGUUUUGAAAUUACUUUUACAACACUGGUUUUCAGCACACACACUCUGUCUCUCUCCUUCACUGUCUGUCGCUGCUCUCUCACUCUCUCUGACUGUACUACAUCUGCCUCUCUUCACUGUUCUCUCCGCUGCCUUCACACAGCACCUUUCCCUUUCCCUCUCUAUCUCUCUCUCUCUGUACCUCUACCCCUCAUGCGCACUGUCUCCCUCCGUCAUUCACUCGUCCCUAGGCUAGUAGGUGUUUUUUACAAGAAUUAUAUUUUACAUUUAUAUUGUAUAAGUUGUGUAAGACACUUUUUAAUACAUUUCCAAAUAUACCGAAUUAAUGUUUACCCCUCGUAUGACUUUUGCUAUUGAAAACAUAUUCGCUCCCGAUAUAUCCCACUCUCUACCACUCUCUCUAUAUAUAUUUCAUUCACACUUUUGGUGCCCAGACAGACGGCGAAACCCAUUACAUUAUGUGGGAAAAAAGUCACGCAUCGAAACGAGUCACACUCUGUUCUCUUUUUUUUUUGUUGGGUGAUCAAUCCUCAUACUCAUGAGUAUCCUCAUUCAUAUCCGCCUGACUUCUCACCCAAAUCGUUGCGCACAUCCAAAGCAUCCACAAAAGCGAUCUAAGCCCGUGCAUUUACUCAUUCCUGCACUCAUACACGUGUGCCGUCGCCUCCUGCAUUCGCCCUUCUGCCGCUCAAGAACAAAGAAGCAAAAAACAAAAGCAGAAUUUCCAAUCCUCCAGUAGUUAUUCAGAGUAGAUAAUUCUCCGCUCGAGCUCAGAGGCAAUCCAAUCCGAUUAUGAAUUUUCCUUUCGUUCGUUCGAUCAAGGAAGAGUCCUUGUUCUGGCUUGGCGCCACAUCGUUGCUUAAUCUAUCGGCUUUCCUACUCCACUCCAAUCCAAAUCCAAUCUACGCCACUUUUGUUUUUCGUCUUUUGCUUAUUUUUGUAUCUUUUUCUCUUUAUUUUCAUGUUCCAUUAAAACCCAAUUCGAUUUGUGCAAUAUCAAUAACUCACAAAAAAC